GACCAAACAUGGUAUAAACUUCGACUGAAUAUUGCUGAAUAUCCAAAACAACACGAAACCAAAUAUACGUUGUAUAUCUGUUUGUCAAUUGAUUACGAAUAGAAAUAGGAGAAAUAGUUUCGUUAGUGUUUUUUCUGAGUUUCCUCUUAAUAAAACUGAAGAAAUCUCAAAGGCUCUCCGUUGCAGAGUUGAAUUCCUUAUUAUGUCCUGACAGUUUAUAAUUGGAGUUUCGGAGAAUUAAAUCCUAAAAUUGUAAAAUGGCAACACCAGAAGCUAUUCAAGUUAGUUCUUUACCCUUACCACCAAAUCAAUACGUAAGUUUGUAUACCGACGAAAAUGUUCGUCGAGGAAGAGCUCCCCGCCCUCCACCACCGAUUAAUGAUACUUACAUGAUGUUUGGUAACACUUUUAAUACGGAUGAUACCAUAAUCAGACCGCUAGAAGCUCAGGGAAUUAAACGACUGUACCCCCAUAACUUUGACAGACGAAGGGAAUUGAAGAAACUUAAUCAUUCGUUGCUUGUCAACUUCCUAGACUUGAUAGAUCUCCUGGUACGAAGCCCCGAUAGUCCUAGAAGAGCUGAGAAGGUCGAAGAUUUAAGUUUACUCUUCAUACACAUUCAUCAUUUAUUAAACGAAUUUAGACCUCAUCAAGCUCGUGAGACAUUAAGAGUCAUGAUGGAAGUACAGAAAAGACAGAGGGUCGAAACUAGAGAAAGAUUUGAAAAGCAUCUGGAAAAAGUUCAAGAGAUAUUGAAUCAUGCCUUGCAAAUGCUUCCCGACACAUCAGAAUUAGAUUCAAAAAUUGGAAUCAGCACGGACGUAAUGGAAGCUAUGGACACAACAGGAUCUGAUCAACAAGGAUUUGAUCCAUGCAAUCCCGAAGAUCGAAUUAUGUGCAACGUGAUUGACGAAAUGCUCUUAUCUAAUAGUUCAUAUUAAACUUUGUUUUCAGUUAUAAUUGCAAAAAACAUUUACAAUGUUCCACUGAUCACGCGGUACAAAUAUUCACCUCGAAAGUAUUAGAAAUCCUCAAUGGAAAGUUUCAGUUGCACUAGAUUCACUAACCUCGUAGCAAAUUCGUAUAAUUCUUCUGGUUCAAAAUAUGGAUAAAUGUCAACAGCGAUCUGCACUGUAUCCAUGGAGAAAGUUUAUUUUUCAAUAUAGUACACAGUUCUCACUUAAAUGAGGAAUUUAAAAAUGUCCUUAUUUUGAAACAUCUGUUAUCAAGUAGACUUUUAAAAUAAAACCAAGUAGCAAAUGACGCUCUUCGUUGAGGAUAUCUAGAGUGUAAAUAAAUAAUUAUAUAU